AUGGCUCCAGAGGUGAGUGGCGAGGACGUCGCAGAAGGUGAGGGCGACGAUGUGAGCAAAGCCCUCCAUCAAGCAACCUCUUUGACAGAGCCAGAACCGACGUCUCCGGAGGUCGAGGUGCGGCUUCAGCUGCUCUGGGUCCUUUGCCAGGCUCAAAACGGGCUAUGCCAAGAUCAAGACUUACUGCACCAGGCCGCCACGGUCCAGGAAGAGGUCUCCCGGCAAUGCGAGCUCCUUCGACAGGAGCUGCUACAUGUGGAGGCCGAGCUUCAAGCACUUCGACAUCCCACCGGACCACCUUCGCCCAGGUCCCGGGAGGACGACAGUGAGGAUGAUCAGCUGCGCCAAGCUCGGCAAGACCACGACGAGUUGGAGAGGGCACUCCACCAGGCGGAGCUCCGCCUCCGCGAGGUGCAGAUGCAACCGGAGCAGGAUGGCGAUUCAGCCGACCAUCCAGAGGACACUGGCUUCACUGCCCCUGAGCAAGAGAAUGCUGAGGCGAUUGUUGCUGAGAUUCGAUCUCGUCGGCGUUCGGAACAAGAUGCAGCAGAGGCCCAGCGGCUUCGGCAUGACGAGCUGCUGCAGAAGCUCCAGCUCCUGGAGGCCAGGGGUCGCGACGAUCGCUGGGCCUUACGAGAAGAGUUGACAGAGGCUUGUGUUCAUGCAGAAGUGCUGCACUCGGAGAUCAGCGCCGAAAGGAAAGCUCGCGAGGCCACGCUUGAGCGUUUGCGAGAGGAGGAGGUCUACCUCGUCGGCCAGGUGAGCGAAGUCCAGGAAGAGGCCGACCAUGUCUCGAGGGGCUCCUAUUGGUCGGUGCACAGCGAGUCGAUCUGCUCCGAUUGGUCCGAGGUGGCGCGUGCCCGGGCGGCUCUCGAGCCCUUUGACAUCAGCACACCUCGCGGUGAGGCCUCUUUGACUCCCUCCUCGACGCAGUCGGAGUCACCAGGGCGUACCUCCUUGCUUUCAGAACUCCGGGGAAGUCGACGAGAGCGAACUCGGGCGUCGCUGGCAGGAUACCGUCCGCUUCAGCAGGGCGAGGCCUCGGCGGAUCCAGGCAAUCCGGAGCAAGUCUCAACUGCACUUGGCCAAAGCAAGGCCCGACCUCGUGGAGAGCGCCGUCGCUCCUCCUUGGCUGCUUUUCGCUCUGUCAACCGAUUGGGCCAAGCGAAGGCCGGCAAUCUCCAAGCCUCUGCGGCCCCAGGCUCAGCGCAGCGUCUCAGCGUAAUUGGGGAGGAGGAGAUUUGUGCUACAGCCGCGCGCAAAGAGCAGCAGGGGACAUUGCAAGAGACUCCUCCUGAGCCUGGAAAACAGAAGGAGAUCUCCGUCCUGAAGGAAAGCCGUUCCCCAAGCCUUGCCCAAAGCAGAGGUUCGAGGGAGGAGACGGCGAGUUGCCGCGGAGUCUUGGAAUGGACGCUCUGCCAAGAUGCUGUCACGGCUCGAUCGGCCGAGCGGUCGCCUCCACAGUGGGCUGGCCCAAGCCUUUUCCAAGUGGAGCAGCUGGCCACUGGUCGAAAGGUGUUUCGUCUCUCGCAGCGGCUUGCCAGUCCAGUUUCAGAGGAGCUCUCCAUCCCGCUGCUGGCGAUUGCAGCCGUUCGGGAAGACAAGGAGGAUCCUCUUGGACUUGUGUUCGUCGUGCGGUACAAGGCAGUUGGCGAGCGAGUUCAGGUUCACUUUCGAGCUGCGACGAAAGAAAGCCGUUCCUCCUGGGUCUCCUCGCUUUGCCAGGCCAUUCAUGAUGCUCGCGCGUGCGCAAGGCCAUCGAACGUCGUGGAAGCCAAGGUUCAGCAUGCCUUGCUGCACCCUGCAACGUGA